UCCCUCUGUCGGCACGGUGGCUUUUCUGUGACAUUUAGAAAUAUGUGAUGCUCCCUUGUUUUAAGUGAAAUCAAGUGACUGGGCAGUGUCGGAUGUGGGCGAGAGAACACAAAUCAAACGUGUCAAGCGUUGUACGAGUCUAGGAUCCACAUCCCAGAUGAUCCAUGAUCGGUAUCCAACAACAAGGGGCAUUAACUGUACUGAAGUAAUAACCGAUCUGCUGAUCAAUACAGACAAACGUGAACUGGUCUUGAGUGUUACUGGCGUUCGCGUUACAGGAAUACAUAAACUGCGUCAUCAUGGCACUGAACAUCCCUGGACUCAUCUCCGUCAUCGUGUUCUACGUCCUCAUCCUCGUCAUCGGCAUCAUCGCCGCCAGGAAGAGCAGAAACAGUAACGCCGAAGACUCAUUCGUGGCCAAUAGAAGCAUCGGGCUGUGGCUGUCGUUCUUUACACUUACUGCAACCAAUGUCGGGGGAGGCUACCUCAACGGCACAGCGGAGGCGAUGGCAUACAGCGGCCUCGUGUGGACCAAUGUUCCUGUUCUGUACUGCAUCUCAAUCACCAUUGCUGGAGUGUUCUACGCGCCUAAGAUGAGGAGAGGUGGAUACAUCACCAUGUUCGACCCCAUACAGGCAAAGGUUGGCGGUCGUGCCGGGAGUAUGCUCUUCUUCCCGCAGCUUAUGGGAGAUGUCUUCUGGACUGCAGCCAUCUUGUCAGCUCUGGGGUCCACCAUGUCCCUUAUCCUGGACCUGGACCCUGUUCUAUCCAUCAUCGUGUCCAGCUGUGUGUCCGUGUUCUACACCUUUAUAGGUGGGCUGUACUCUGUGGCCUACACUGAUGUCAUCCAACUCAUCUGUCUCUCCGUGGGACUGGUAAGGAUAUUACACUUUGACCUGUCCAGAGUCCAGGACACUUGGGUUGGUGAGAUACACAGAAACCAGAUCGGUUCUUAUGCAGAUCUCUGUUGCCAAAUCAUAUUUGGCGGUCUACCAUGGCAGGUGUUCUACCAGAGAGUUUUGGCUUGCAAGACACCAAGUAUUGCCCGUACAACUGUUCUAUCCUGGCAGCGCUUUGUAGCUUACUUCUUUGCUAUAGGCCAUGAACCCCCAGCGGCUGUUGGAAUAGUUGAUCCGCAACAGGUUUU